CGUUUCAUCCUUCAAAAAGAGCCAAAGAAAACGAGAAACUUCCACUUUCAAGAACUCUGAGCAAGUGAAGUCAAAUGUGAAACUAAUUGACGAUAUUUAGAGAUUUAGUGAAUAAAGCUAUUAUGAUGAGUGUAAUCGAACAAUUGAAUGAAAUAGGCAAUAAGCCGAUUGAAACAAAAAAUCUUAAAAAUUACCGAAGAAUUGUAGCCGAACAUCUAGAUGUCGAAACAGCGAUCUUGUUCGAUAAGAGAUUAUCCUAUGAGAUUUACAAGGGAUUAGAUGAUGCGGUGGAGUACUAUGAAGAGAACAGUUUAAAAGUAAAAGUAUUCGGGAAAUGGCAUCCUGUUCCUCGUAAAAUGGCAGCUUAUUGUGACGAGGGUAUUACUUACACCUUCUCAGGCCUAACGAUGCCAACGCGAAACUGGUUUCCACUUCUUUCCCAGCUUCGAGACAUUGUCACCAAGUUAACAGGAUUCGACUAUAACUUUGUCUUAGUUAACAGAUAUGAAAAUGGUAAUCAGCAUAUUGGAGAGCACCGCGACGGUGAGAAAGAAAUCGAUCCAUCCAGCCCAAUUGUAUCGUUAUCUUUCGGUCAACAUCGUGACUUUGUCUUUCGACAUAGCAAUUCAAAAGCGAGACCCGAUUUGACACCGAUAAAAAUGGAAUUACCUAAUGGAAGCAUUUUGGUGAUGAAUCCGCCGACUAAUCAAUUUUGGUUGCACUCACUUCCGAUUCGAAAGAAGGCACUCCAUCCGAGGAUAAAUCUAACAUUUAGGAAGAUUUUCAGAUCUGAAUGAUUCCACAGAGAAAUUGAACUUAAAAAGGAUUUCACUCUAUGCUGGCUUUGUGUGAUAAAUGAAAUAAAAUUUC